AUUAGCUUUUAGUGUAUUAUCAGUGACAACUGUUAAUGGCUUUGUCAGUCAGCCAAGUCGGAAUUAUGUAGGCUCAAAGGUGGCUCCUGUUAAUUUGGCUGCAAGUAGCAGUAGCAGCAGCAGUCGCCCCACGGAUGCCAGCGAAAUGAGUGCCACAAACACAACCAGUUCUGAUUUCGACUUCAGCAAGUGGGAUUUUCCCGCUGAGCGAAUUUGGCUGCACAAGUCGAACGAGGAAAUAGCCUGGAAGAUCUGCAUCUUCAUUCCGCUCAUUGCAUUUGGGAUGUAUGGGAACUGCAUUAUGAUCUACCUGAUAGCCAUGAACCGGUCGCUGCGAUCGCCCACCAACCUCAUCAUAGCCAACAUGGCCACGGCCGACCUGCUGACCCUCGCCAUCUGCCCCGCCAUGUUCAUGGUUAACGAUUUUUACCAGAACUAUCAGCUGGGAUGUGUGGGCUGCAAAAUGGAAGGCUUCCUGGUGGUGGUGUUCCUGAUCACGGCCGUGCUCAACCUUUCGGUGGUUAGCUACGAUCGUCUCACGGCCAUUGUCCUGCCCAGGGAGACGCGACUGACCGUGCGGGGAGCCCAAAUUGUGAUUGUCUGCACCUGGAUUGGGGGUGUCCUCUUGGCCUCGCCCUUGGCUCUCUAUCGUUCGUAUCGCGUUCGAGUCUGGAAGAACUUUACAGAGCGCUAUUGCAAGGAGAACACUGCCAUUCUGCCCAAGUACUGGUACGUCCUCAUAACCAUACUGGUCUGGCUGCCAUUGGGCAUCAUGCUGAUCUGCUACAUUGCCAUUUUCUACAAGCUCGAUCGGUAUGAGAAGCGGGUUCAGAACCGUGAAAAUCCGCUCACCGUUAGCUACAAGCGCAGCGUGGCCAAGACUCUCUUCAUCGUGGUGGUGGUCUUUGCGGUGCUCCGGCUGCCCUUCACCAUUCUGGUGGUGCUGCGGGAGAAGUACUACUCCGACGACAGCACUGUCAACAGCGGAAUGCAGCUCUUCUGGUACCUAUCGCAGUAUCUAAUGUUCCUCAAUGCCGCCGUCAAUCCGCUCAUCUAUGGCUUCAAUAAUGAGAACUUCAGGCGCGCCUAUUCCCAAAUCUCGUGCGUUCGACGAUGGAGAGAAGCAGCAAAGCUCAAAGAAAGUUCGAGUCGUUCGCAUCACUGCUGCUACUGCGCAUUUAUGAAGAAGCAUAGGCAGGAGGCGCAGCAACAGCCGGAGAACGUGGAGGUGGACUUGAGCAAAGAGAUAACCACAUCGGAGCCGAUGGCCAGCACAGUCGAAGGUUUGCAGGUGGCCGAAAUCGAAGCAGAUGGAUUUAUAUAAAACCAAAUAAACAACUAAU